UGUAAUUAGUCGAAAUUGUUCUACUACGCGAGAGUGACGUUCCUAUGAAAACAUGAAGUCGAAAAGAGUUUUAAUAUUUGUUUGUUCUUUUCUCAUAAGUGGUUUAUACGCUACUGAUCCGGCAACUGAUGGACAACAAAAUGAAACAGGAAAUGAAGUUUAUGUUCCGGAAACGUCACCACCGGCCCUGAAAAGCAACGCAACUGAAAAUAUUGAUGAAACAACAAAUAGAAAGAGUGCUGCUAGUGACAAUGACGGGUCAAAAAUCAUUGUAGUCAGCAAUGAUGAGUAUGAUGACCAAGUCAAUAAUAAUACUAAGAUCAAUGAACAUGAUAAGACAGAUCCACCAAAUGGAGAACAGGGACAAACAACAGUUGGUAAUAAUCAACAAGAAGAUCUAUGGACUUGUUUAAACACUGAAUCUGAUUUCAUGAUGUGCCACCUGAAAGCUUCAAAGAAGGGUGUUCGACAAGGUUAUUUCAAUAAGAAGUUUGGUAAAGCGACUAUCCCAAACACUCCACCUAAGGGAUUCGAUAAAACUAAGCAUUUGAACUCUUUAGUUGGUGGCAUGCGUCCAUGGGUAAACUUCCUGAGAAAACACCCUAAAGAAGCCAUGUAUUUUUUCAAUAAAGAUGUAGAUUUCGAAAAUUUGGCUCAGUUUGUUAAUAAUACAAGUAAUAAUGAAGAACAAGUACCGAAAACUGAAGACAAAACAAGUGAAAAUAGUGAAGAUGAAGACAAUGAAAAACCACCAACUCACCCAAUAAAAUUCAUGGAUUCCAUAACAGACUGCCUGAACACCGAACCAAACCUAUUCAAGUGCUACAUGAAGGUUUCCAGUCAAUACCCGGAUCAGAGUUCUCAGCGCUCAGCUAGACAUGACGAAAAAGACUCCAUGCCUGAAGUUCCACCUCCAGAAGUGAACGGCACCCGGCUGUGGUCUUUGGGCGACAGCAUCCGCGAGUGGGUCCGGUUUCUGGCUAAGAACCAGCAGGCGGCCAUGCUGAGGGACUUCGCGAUGAUGGGGUGGACAGGGGACAACGAUGAGUCGAAAUAGUUGAUUCAAAAAAACUUAUGAUGUCAUUGAAAAUUUGUAAAUUGAUUAAUGUUUCACACCAUUAUUCCGUUUUUUCAGUUAUAUUUAUCGCAAAUAUUAUUUUUAUUGAAACAUUGUGAAACAUGGUUAGUUUAUUUGUAUUCUCUAUAGGUACCUACAAUCACAGAUUUGUAAAUGCUGUAAUAAGAUUUUAUUUUGGUAUAAUUGGAGGUUCUAAAUAAAUAGCCAAGUGAUCAAUAAAUACACGAAAAAGAAGUGGUGUAUGUUUUUUAUUAAAGCUAUAUGCAGACAUGCAAUUUUAAAUAAGUUGAAUGAAAUGAAAUGAAUUCGUAUAAACUCAUUGAUAUGUAUGAGCGGCGAGAGAGUUGGAUUAGUUAAUUUCCCCGAUGACCUUUUUUUAAACGAGCCCCCAUGCUUUCGUGGCGCCAAUUAAUAAUAAAAUUACGCAUCCGUU